UUGUGAUUUUCAUUAACGAUGUGAUAGAUAUAUUUUUUAAUUUUAAUUACUGCUUCGUUCCUAUUCGAAAAUUUCUAUAAUUUAUAUCUCGCAUUUUUACAUAGUGAAAUGUCAAAGAGUGAUGUCAAAUGUGAAUAAUUGUGAAAUUUUAUUGGAGAUCGAAUGAAUCGUGAUCUUUCCUGAUCAACUAGAUCCAGUUGGAACAUAAUUACACCAGUGUAACGUGGUUUCAAUUUGACCGAUAAGCAUCUAAACUGACUAUUAUGUCACGUCGCACAAAUUUACGCUAUCGGUUGAUCAAUUUGACGAAACAAUUUCGGAAUAUUUUGACCAAAAAUAUUAUUUAAACAAAGUGGAGCGACGAAGUAUAUAAAUUUUCAAUAAUUCGAUACGAUGUGAUAAUAAUAAUGGUUACAUCGUUUGAUUAAAAAGAGUAAUUCAAUAAGUGAAGUCUAGCUAAGUGAACGCGUUCAACCGGAAGUGUCACUGAAGAGUGCUGGUCAUCCUGUACCGACACGUGUAUUUACCAUACAGCAGCGAGCACGGUAGACUUCCCUAAAGAAAAUGGCGAUGAAAGGAAGAAGGCACCACCCACUCGCUAUAAUUUUGAAAAUUUCAAUGUUAAUAAUAGAAUAAAUUUUAAAUAAACAUUUGCAUGGGAAUGAUGAAGUUUCCUUUUAUAUCUCUAAGGAAGACUAUUGUGCUCAACACUGUACCACAGGAAGCAUAAUAAACCCGUCCUUCCACAUUGGCGAUUUUCUAUUAAUAUGUACAAGUCCGAACGACAUUCUCCAUUCGUCGUCUGGUCGUCCCUGAGGAAACAGGCGUCUACAUGCCGGUCGAACGAUCUAUUUUCAAAAUCGCCAAUUGAUUUCGACGUUCGAUCGAACAGACUAUCCAAUGAAGCAUAACCAGAUCCCGUUUCGACGUUAAUUUUGCAGAACGACCGAUUAAGAGACCUUCGACAGCGUUAAAUAGCUGCAAUAAGAACGAAGAUGGUGUUUCGAUGAACAUUUAGAUGAAAAACCGAGAGACAGUCGCAGGAGGAAUCGAUCCGUAAGUUAGCUAGAGCGGACUGAAAUUGGACGAAAUUGAGUUAAUCGACGCUGAGGGACACGAGGAAGUCAAGAUGGUCGUCGAACCGUGAAACCUUCCUCCUCGGGAAUAAAUAUCACCGGCUAGCUUAAAGUUCACGUAAAACGGGAAACGAUGCUGGCAGGGACUGAUCCAUAGAUCGUUGGAUCAACAGUGAAUUAGCUGUUGUUUACACAAGCCUCGGACGACUUAUUGGAUCUUGAAGAAAUGAUCUCGAACGGGAUGAACGAGUCGUUGGAUCCGGAAGGAUCGAUCGUCGGCUCGUUCCUGAAGAUGGAUCAAUCUGGGAAAGAGAAUUUAUUGGUUACAGUUGCAGCCGAUGCGUUUGAGAAUUAUACAAGCCCGAUUGUUGCAUUCCUGCAACGUGAAGAUUCUUCGAUGAGACGCGAUCCAUUGUACAUCGUGUUACCGAUCACGGUGAUCUAUGCGGUGAUCUUCUUCACUGGUCUGGUUGGUAACGUGUCCACGUGUGUAGUGAUAGCGCGUAACAAGUCGAUGCACACCGCCACCAACUACUAUCUCUUCAGCCUGGCUGUGUCUGAUUUAUUGCUGCUGAUAUCUGGCCUACCACCGGAGAUGUACUACAUAUGGUCGCAUUUCCCGUACGUGUUCGGUGAAGCCUUUUGCAUUAUUCAAAGCUUCGCCGCUGAGACGUCCGCGAAUGCCACUGUCCUCACCAUUACCGCCUUCACCGUCGAAAGAUACGUAGCGAUUUGUCACCCAUUCAUCUCCCACACGAUGUCGAAACUAUCUCGAGCAGUGAAAUUUGUGAUCGCGAUAUGGUUCACGGCUCUUUGCCUGGCUGUGCCGCAAGCGAUUCAAUUUGGGGUCAUUUAUGAUUACGGUCACAAUGGUUCAGUGAUUACGGACAGCGCCAGAUGCACGCUUAAGUGGAUUCUGAUAGAUCACGCGUUCGAAAUAUCAACGAUGCUGUUCUUCGUGGUACCCAUGACGAUUAUUACUGUUCUCUACAUCCUGAUCGCGAUCAAACUGAGGAGAUCGAGACUAUUGACAGCCAGCACCGUGAAGAGGAAUCACUUACCAGCUGGGUUGAAUCAUUGCGAAAGCGGAAGAGGGAAGACUACUGCUCAGAGAAACGUUAUUCGUAUGUUGGUUGCAGUGGUGGUGGCGUUUUUCAUUUGCUGGGCACCGUUCCACGCCCAAAGGUUGUUGGCUGUAUACGCGCAGAAUACCAACGCGAAGCCGGAAGACGCGUUAGUAAUGGUCUACACCAUCCUCACAUACGUGUCAGGGGUGUUUUAUUACCUUUCCACCACCGUGAAUCCGCUGCUGUACAACAUCAUGUCCAACAAAUUCAGGGAAGCCUUCAAGUCGAUGCUGUCGAAUCACUGCGGCCGGAAGUGGUCCUCCCGGAAGUCAGUCCCUCGACAACCGACCUACAGCAGCCUGUCAAGGUAUCCAAGGUCCGCGAGGCAAGCGGAUGAUCGUCAGAAUUCGCCAUCAAUAUCCGUCAGCGACGACAAUCAAAAGCUGACGACGAGCAUCCGUCGUACAACGAUCUCGAGCGAUCUGAACGGAUCGGCUGAAAAGAAGAAUCAAGAGAAUCGUUCGAAAAUGAAUAGGAUAAAUCAUCAUAGGGAAUACAGGAGAAGCAUGUCCAGAGGAUCGAAUUCCAGUCAAUUGACUUUGAUGACUUCGAUCAGUAAAAGUUUUAACGAAGGAAAUAAUAACGUGGCUGCAGCAUGCGUGAACGAGUGUCUGUUGAAGAUUCAAUCGCCACCCAGGGCUGUCACUCUUGGAAUAAUUGCUGAAAGAUUGAGACUAGGAACCAAGGGUCUCUUUUCACCCCAACAGAAAGUAUCAACGAUUCCCAUGUCGAAACCGGAAAUAAAAACGGAACAACCACGGUUUCAAAGUCAUCCUAGUAUAGAGAGUGCGAACACUAUUAGCAAUUCGAGCUUACAGGAUUUUGACGAGACUGAGUUUACUGGUACGGAGCUGGCGCGAUACAUGGGCGAAAUGAACUGCGACUCGGUCACUUGACCCUCCUUUCCGGAAACGAGUGGACAAGUUUCUCAGGCGAAUGAGAUUUCUUGAGAAAAUGUAACGUCUCGAGAGGCGUCGAGUAUUGAGAGCUAAGGAAAUCUAAGAAACUGGAAAAUUGGGAAACUUCAGAAUCUGAAAAAUUGGAAUAAUUUACAAACUUCAGAGUUUCAGAAAUUGAAAUAUUAGAGCUUAAAAAAUUUGAGAAUGUGAAGAAACUUGAGAACUCAAUGUUUGAGUAAUUAUAAACUUUGAGAAAUUAUGAAGUGAGAUUUCCUCGUGUCUAAAUAUUUUAAAGAAAAGUGUGUAUAGCUAUAACUAUGUUACGAUCGACAAGUUAUUGUUUAAACAACAUAUUAUUUCACCACUUUCAAAAUAUUUCGUUAACAGUUUACAAUAACUGUUUGAAAUUAUUCAAGAAGAAUUGAACUAUUUAUUCAUUUCUGCCGUUUGGCAAGUGCAAAAUUUGUACUUCGAAGUGCAACAUAACGAUACAUAUAUUUAUUAACAAUUGAAACGAAGAUGUUAUUAAAUAAAUGUUAAAAAACCUGACUGUAAGAUUGACAAAGAAAGAUACUUCGUACAAUGAAAUUUUUCAUUUGAAAAAACUUUGAAUUUUGUUUCAAAGAAAGAAUAAUCUAUAAUAGAUGUUAUAAAUAACACAAAGGGAAGACAAUUAACAAUUAUUUUCCAUUCCAUCAUUCAACCUUACUUUUCUACAAAAUAAAAAAAAAAGUACCCUCUCACUGA